UCAUUGGUCCAUUUUCAGGAUACGAACCAAUGAAGAUGCGAUUUACAAGUUACGGCAGGUGCCCGUCCUUGACCUUACCACAUCGCUGAGCCGGCGGUUGUGAAUCAACAUUUGUGAAGGCGUGGACUCGUGAAUAAAGAAAAGUUACAAGAUGUCGGAACCUCUGAAAGUCUUGGUGACCGGCGCUGCUGGACAGAUCGCCUACUCCCUCGUUAUCGCCAUUGCCAGAGGGGAGGUGUUUGGUCCAAAUCAGACUCUUGACCUGGUUCUACUGGACAUCAAACCUAUGGAGGGAGUGCUCAACGGAGUGGUCAUGGAAUUACAGGACUGUGCUCUGCCUCUCCUCAACAGUGUCAUCCCCACCUGUGAUGAGACUGUCGCCUUCAAGGACAUCGAUGUUGCAUGUCUAGUGGGCUCCAUGCCCCGGAGAGAAGGAAUGGAACGUAAGGAUCUUCUUGCUGCCAAUGUCAAGAUUUUCAAGACUCAAGGCAACUCCCUGGACAAGUAUGCCAAGAAAAGUGUAAAGGUGGUGGUUGUAGGUAACCCAGCCAACACAAAUGCAUUAAUCUGUUCUAAAUAUGCUCCCUCCAUCCCGAAAGAGAAUUUCUCCUGCCUGACAAGACUGGACCAGAACAGAGCACAGUCACAGAUCGCCGCCCGAGUGGGUGUAAAAGUGGCCGAUGUCCGUAACGUCACCAUCUGGGGAAACCACUCUUCCACGCAGUUCCCCGACAUCAGCCGGGCCCAGGUGCAAGUACAGAACGAAUUGAAGGAUGUACGAAGUGCUGUCAAAGAUGACAACUGGCUUAACAAUGACUUUAUCACGACGGUACAGAAGCGAGGCGCUGCAGUCAUAGCAGCAAGGAAACUCUCCAGUGCUAUGUCAGCCGCCAAGGCAAUUUGUGACCAUCUCAGAGAUUGGUGGUUUGGCACCAAGCCGGACACUUUCACAUCAAUGGGCGUGAUCUCUGAUGGAUCCUAUGGGAUCGAAGCUGGUCUUGUCUACAGUUUCCCCGUUCAAAUUGCUGCAGAUAGAACUUACAAGAUUGUCCAGGGUAUUAAUAUCGAUAACUUUGCGAGGGAGAAAAUGGAUGCCACAAAGAAGGAACUCAUCGAGGAACGUGACCUGGCCAUCAGCGUCUGUCAAGAUUGACUGUUAGGACCCAAACUUUAAAAUCUCUGUACUAACACUUCAUGUAUUUAAGCCUUGGUGGUUGACAAUCUGCACCAUUGAAUGGUUUGUCUAUAGGGAUUUAUCUAGACCUGCUCGUCAAGUCUUCAGUCAGUGUCUUGACAUAUUCUCAAAAUCUAACUUAACACUAAUUGCAAAUUCAAAAAGGAAAUUUGCCCGCAAAGGUCUUUUAGUCAAGAAAUCUAGAUAAAUCCCUGGUCUUUCUUAACGAGUGAUUGCUAAUGAAAAUAUUAGAAAUUUUAAAAGGCACCAUAUUUUUUGUAAAUGUGUGUAUGUAUGUUUAACCAGUUGACACCAUUGUGUUGUUUACAGCAUUACUUAACACCUGUGAAUGCCGAGAUAGUGCCAGUCAUUGUGCUAGUCAUUAUACGAGUAAGUUUGUUACAGUAACCAAGUGUAUUAUACAUGUCUUUAAGAUCCGAUGUAAUCAAAAUACCUGUGAGUUGUGUGGAUGUUUGGUUUAUGAUUCCACAUCAGUACUUGAAUCGUUGAAAGUGGUGACUCAGUAAUAUGACUGUGGAAUGAAAUAUCAGGGCCUAAAUACUUGAACAACCCCUAUAUGAGACUUGUAUGCAAUAAGAGGUAUAGUUUUAUUGUGGUCACUUUAUAUUCCUUCUACUACGUAAACAGGUUUUGAGGCGGGUAUAUAGAGUGCUCAGAACGCCUUUCUGUUGAUUUACCCAGGCUCAUUUAGAUCAUUGUCAGUGCUACGAAAUAAACAAGAAAACAUUU